GGCGUGGCUUCAGAAGGUUGCGCACAAGUAACCUUUGUCCUCAUAACUAGCUGUCAAGUGAAUAAAUGUGUCCUUACUUGAAACAUACCUAAAUACCUGGUUUUAACCGACGUCCAAUCUUUCUAAUAGUCUAGGCGUGUAGUCUAUAACAACAAGACAAAAUACAUUAGAGUGGAAGAUACAUAUAUAUAUAUUUUCAAUGUACAACGGUUUGCAUUUCACAACAGUGGUCCACUUCGUUUUGCAUGGCCCGGUGGCCCGUGUGAGCGGAGUUUGUUAUUAUUAGAUAAUUAUAUUGAUUCAUAAGAGAAAUCUCCACCCACCCCGGGCACCGGGCCCUGCAAAACGAACCCCACCAAUUUUAUGAAAAGGAGGGAAUUGUAUCAAUGGCUUUUCUUGAAACAUUGUUGCAAAUAUUUGCCGAGUAAAUUACAAUUAUGCCAGGUUGCCCCACUGAGAUCUAUGUAUUAGGCUAUGUUUGUUUUAUUGUGCAUCUAAAAACAACCGCGAAUCGUUUUAACAGGAUGUGGGUUUGUCCUAAAACAAAUGUCCCGUCAUUCACCGCGGUCAUAUUUUUUACCAACUCUCAUGAUACACAAACAUUAACACAUCAUCGAAGUGCGAGAUCUGACGGGAGAGCAGCUACCAUGGCUCCACGUAUGGAUGAUGUCAUGCAACUAUGCUGUGACCUGUCUGCAAAUCAGCAGAUAAAAGCAGCAGUGAAGAAUUCUGGGAAAGGAUCAGCAGUGGCAGGAGGGACUGCAUUUUUAGGGGGUCUUCUAGGUGGUCCCCCAGGGAUUGCUGUUGGUGGUGCAUUAGGUGGCCUGUUGGGAUGGUGGAUGACCAGUGGACAGUUCAGACCUCUCCCUCAGAUCAUCAUGGAGCUGCCUCCCCACCAGCAGCAGAGACUCUAUGCUGAUAUCAUGGCCGUUUUGGGCUCACUGGACUGGACAGACCUGGCCCAGCUGACCGCCCUGGUCGUGGGGAAUGCUACUCUCCAGCAGCAGGUCACUGCUGCCCUACUCCGGUAUAUCACAAAGGAACUGAGAGCAGAGGUGAGAUAUGGGGACUGAUCUACACAGACUCAAUAUCUGGAGGAACUCCUUAGAACAUUUGUACUCAGAUUUAACUCAAGCUUAUUCCUGGAGACUGAAAGAACCUUUUAUACUGUAGGUUCACUGAAAGAGGCCUUAUGAGAGUUACAUUGAGACUCAUGUCAGACCUGUCAUGUUACCUAAUAUCUGAUCAUGUCCAUUUAAUAUCCUUUGAUGAAGCGCUUAAAUGACAUUUACGCCACUUUUUUUAACGUCAUUUACAUUAUGCCCAGCCCAAUACCAGUGUCUGCAUAUGUGAAAACGGCACAUUUCUACAAAACAAAUAUGAAGUUAAAAGUUCUACCCAAUGACGCCAUCAAAAGUAAAACAUAUUUAAAAACAGUGCUUUUCAGGCACUAGGAGAUUCCCAGUGACGUGAGGAGCAAGAAAACACCCUCCCUCUGGCUAGAAACUUGUUGAAAACCACUGUUUUGUUACAUUUAAUGCUACCAUGUGAUGUUACAGAGAAGCAUUUUUUUUUUUUUGCAUCUUUUUAACCACAGAUCAUAGAAACUCGCUGUUUUCACAUACUGUGUGUAGACACUGUUAUGGUUUCGGAGAUAAUGAAUAUGAGGUGGAAGAGUGGCGGAAUUGCACUUUAAUGUACACGUUUGUUUUGUUUUAGUUGAGAAAUUGUUAUCUCUGAAUGUCGCGGUAUGAUUGAAACGUAUCUUAUACGAACAGUCCAGCAAUUAACCAGAAAGGUGUACUUUAUUUAUAUUCUAGUGCAUAAUUGGUUGCCGAUAUUUUGCGCUGAAAUGUAUACAUUGAAUAUUGUUGGUCAUUUAUAAUUGACAUGAUUUGCAACAAAUGAAAGACAAUGAAAAAAAGGACCCUGAUCACUCCUCUUGUAAGUGUGCCUGGGAUCUCAAGUGAUUCAUGCAAUGUGAAUAUUGUAAGAGAUGAGUACUUCGGAGAAACCGGCCUUGAUACUUGUGGCGCAUAAAAUGGUGAUAAGUGCCACCUAGUCCUAGAAUGAACUAAUUGGGAAAAUCUUGUAGUGCUCUUGUACUAAAGUGUUUGUAUGAAAAUCAUGAUAAAUGAAAUAAAGGACAACGGGGACGUGUAUGAUCACCA